UCAGAUCUAGUUGCAAACCUGUGUUAGCUACUAGCUUAGAAAGACUGUGAGUCCCCAGUUGUCCCUUUGCAUAACCCUUUGACAUGACCCGUGAUCAAAAGACGAAUAAUAAACUUAAUAAUAUUAUUUGCAGUGGAGUAAAACUGAUGCAAAAUCUAAACAGUGACAUGAAAUUUGUAAGACUGCCAGUUCUGAGAUCAUUGAUAUUAAAGUGCCAAAUUUAUAGGCAGUUGGAAAAAUCUUACCAUUCACAAUUUACCAUGAAGGGUUGAUGAUCUGUUGUAUUUCGCCUUUUCUCUGUUGUUCCUAUUAAUAAAUUCCAUUGUUUACCCAAAACGUUUUGUCAAAGAACCCGUAAAUAGCAGAUAUACCCCUUGCUCUUUCCAAUUAGUGUCAGAAACAUCCCUCGUUCUCUUGAAAUAAUUCAUCACGUUCCCUGGCCUUGUGCCCCAAAACCAUGGAAAACUCCGGGAACCUCUCCAGCACGUCAUCUUUGCCCCGGAGUCUGGACACUAGAGUCCAGAUUUCCUCUCGGUCAAAAUGGCGGACGUUUUUCGUACGUUGUUGCUUUAGCUGGUGUUGGUAAAACUCGCUCAGUAUCGAGCUUUAAAAGUUGUGGAAAUAAUUUUGAAAACCCAGUUCAUCAUUUUUUCACAUCUUUAAAUCAAUUAAUGAUGGCUGAAAUGGAUCCUGAAGUCGCCAAGCGCCUGCACAACGAAGGAGCGACUUUGAUAGUUUCGGACGUUCCCGAAGGCACAGAAUUCGGCAUUGAUUACUUCUCGUGUAACGUUGGUCCUCGCUUUAAAGGAAUUAAAAUGAUACCUCCUGGGCUUCAUUUCAUAUACUAUAGUGCAGUAAACAGAGGAGGACAAAGCGCUCCCAGAACAGGCUUGUUCUUGUUCUCCAAGCGUCAAGAUGUGUUUGUGCUGAGGUGGGAUCCAUCAACUGAAGACGUGGUCGAGGUAGACGUUAAUGAAGAAGAAAAAGAUAAAUACAGACAAGGUUUACAAGAAAUGGACACCUUCCUUGGUCCUUAUCCCUAUGAACACUUUAAAAAAUGGGUCUCCCUGACCAACCAUAUAACUGAAGAUUUACUAGAGAGAGUUCAGCCUGUAUGCAAAAAGAUAUCAUCUGUUACUGAACUAGCGCAAGAAUCUUUGCACACAAGGAGUAAGACUUCAGAAUCUGUGGACACUGUUUCUUCAAUUACGUGGAAUCAAGAAACUCUGAUCAGAUUUUCUGAGAUUCCCAAGCAGAGAUAUCCAGAUGGUGCAUCACCUGUGGAAAUCAGCAAGUACAGUAUGGACAGUAGUUAUGCACUCCAUAGCUUAAUAAACCACAUGAAAGACAGGAAGGAAAUUCUUGCUGAACUGCAGUUUGCCUUUGUGUGUUUCUUAGUAGGCCAAGUGUAUGAUGCAUUUGAGCACUGGAAAAAACUCCUCAAUCUGCUGUGCAGUUGUGAUGAAGCUUUGUCAACAUAUAGUGACAUAUUCGAUGCUCUGAUAGGUGUCUUGCACUUUCAAGUUCUGGAAAUUCCAAAAGAUUUCUUUGUGGACAUUGUAUCAGCAAACAAUUUCCUGACCACAACUUUGCAGGUUUUUUUCUCCAACGUAGAGUCUUCAACAACUGUUGACAAAAAGCUAGUGGAGAAGGCACUGCGAUUCCGGCAGCAUUUAACCAAACGAUUCAACUGGGAUUUUGAAAGUGAACCUGAAGAGUUCGCACCAGUCGUGGUUGAAACAUGAAAUAGUAGUCACCUAGAUGAAAGUAGUUUGAAACUGAUCACCGUGUCCGAUGCGGCCUUAAGCCACGUCCACACUACAAAAGGAGGAAUUUGAAAACGUAGCUUUCACUUUGAGAACGCAUCAAAUGUUUUCCGUCCACACUACGCCGGAGGAAUU